AGUGUAAGCAAGUACAACAGGUCUUACAUGCCAUCGUGACCAGAAUACGUUAGUUUCUAUUGCUAGAUUCGCAGCUGAUUUUCCCGUCUUUUCGCAACCCCCCAGAACAUACACAGUCUCAUCGCACUCCACCAAUUUUUCAACUCAUCGCGAACAGACCACUUCCAACUGCACUGUGAUGUCGAUCCCCCUUUCCUUAAUCAUCAAGGAGCUCGAGUCUACUCCAGACUCGAUCCUCUCGAUCCUCUCUACCCUUCACUAUGACAAGUCUAUCCUCCUCAACAUCACCAAGUCAGAAACCAAUCACCUCAUUUCCCGUACCUUGAACCUUACCAAAUCCCCCGAUGCAUACAACAAGUGGUGUGGUACCAACUUGAUUAGAGUCUUGGCUGAAAACUAUACCAUCUUGUCCAACAAUGGUAUUGUUUUACUUGAGCAAUUACUCACAAAUUUGGAGAACUACAACCAUACCAUCGAUAGAAAGAUCUUGACCAGUACUAUAGAGGCAAUCAACUUCAUCUGCAAGCAGAUCAGAGGAAAACCAACCUUGACACGUGAAAUAUUGACUCCAAAGUUGCCUACAAUUAUUACCAAAUACCUCGAUAACAUCCAUUUCAACCCGUUGUUAGUUAUUGAUUCCUUGUUCAUUCUUGUAAAGCACCAUCCUACCACCUUCAGACCAUUCGGUAACAAGCUUGCCUCCAGAUUGACUGGAUUUUUGAACUUAGGCGAGUUUACUUCAUUCCCUGAAAAGUUGAAGCAAUCGAUCUUCAAGACUUUGGCCAUUUUGCCUGUGAUUGAAAAGGCUGAACCAGAGGUUCAAUGGGAAAACAACGUUAGAAACAUUAUCAAAGAGGUUGUCUCUAUUUUAUCCGUUUACAACGAGUUCUUGAACUUGAAUGACGAUGCAGAUAUCAAGAGAUUAUUUCAAAAGUUGCCAAGUGCCGAAAUCGAUUCAAAGAAGCUUCUCGAACCGUUGAACUUGGAUGUCAACCAACCAAAGUCAUUGUUCCAGAUUUCCAGCAACAUUGAAAUUCUCCUCAACCUCCUUUCCACUUAUCUUAAGGUAGAGACCCGUUUCAGUGUCAGGGUUCCUCUUGGAUUAAUUGUGACCUUGAAUGAGUUAAUUUGCUCUAUCAAUCUUCGUUUUGUUCAAUUCAAGUUCGACGUGAGGGAUGACGCCUUGAAAUCAAUCAUCAAGGCCACCACCUUGAAGAACCAAUUCAACGCGGUAAAGUUGUUGCAAGAGUUGGCAUUGGUCUACAGAGGAAACGUUUUGCCUCACUUGACUAACAUAUUGUCUUACUUAGAAGUGUUAAUUCCUUUCAAGAACAAGAAAAUCGACUUCAAUGAAUUGUUGAUCAACGAAGAAUUAGCAGUGGCUCUUUUGUCAUGUGUUGAGUCUUACCUUUCUUUGGUUGGAAAUUUGGGUGACUCGUCCCAGUUAUUGAGAUUUGUCGACACUUCCUUGUUGUUGGUGGAACCAAGACUUGAUUCAAGUCUUGCUCCAGCUGCUGUUAAGAAGGUGGACCAGCCUCAAGGCAAGAACAACAAGAAGAAAAAGAAUACCAAUUCCGUUGCCAUGUCUGAUUUGUUGUCUCACCAGCAUUUGUUUGUGGAGAGUAUCAAUAGCGGCACCAUUAAGGUUGUCCGUAGCUUUUUGAGUGCUAUCAUAUCUCGAGUCAACUUACCACCCACUCAGCAUUACAAGAUCAUGAGAUAUCUCAUUUUGGAGGCCGUCAAUGCUAAGUACUAUAGUUACGAGAAGUCCGUUUCUCCUCAGUUACGAAACUUGUUGAUCAACAGUGUGUUGUAUCCAGGAUUCGAAAAGGUGUCGUUGUUGCCCAUCGUGUCCCAGUUGAUUCCUCAAGAUCCUCUUUUGAGCGUGUUCACCAAUCCCAGAUUUCCCCCAUUGCCAAUUUACGUGAAGAAGGUGGAAGAGCCCACUGAAUUGGCUGGCUUCGGUGACAACGACGAGGACGAGGAAGUUGUCGAAGAAAAGACGACCGUGGAGGACGACUCUGAACCUUCUGCAAAGCGCAGAAAGACUGACCACGGUGAAGCUUCUGCCAGCACAGAAAAUGGCGAUGCCUCAGUGAUCCCUGCCAAACCGGAGGAUAUCGAGAUUGUCGACGAAGCUAAGGUAUUUGUCACCAAGGAGGUCAGCUCCGAAGAUGUUAUUUCCUUCCCAUCCGAGCCAGUGGUGCAAGAAGUCAAGAGGGUGGAGGUAGUCACCACUGCCCCAGUUCCAGCUCCAGUUGUGGCAGCCCCCAGUGUUGACGUAGCAGAGUCUGCUGCUGGUGACGACUCGGACUUUGAGAUGCCAGAAAUCGACCUCGACGGUGACUCCGACGAUGACGAAUAGGUAGCUAUAUACUUCAAUAGAUACUGCUGAACACCAGUAGCUUGUUGUAAGAGAUCCCACCUCAUCUACCUAACCCUGUAGAGUAAACUCCAUCG